CCCCACCACCGAGUCAGGGGAGCUUCCACCACCUCCAUCAUCACCACCACCACUGCCUCUGCCACAGCGGUCUCUACAACCUCUACCUCCACCACUUGAGGUGGAGGGAUAGUGGCUGGGGAAAGGGGUGAAGGGAGGGCAAAGAAUGGAAACAGUUCCAAAGGAAUUGGAAAUUUCUGGCCCUUUAAGAGUGUUUUUGAAAUCAAGAGAAUGGAGUAGGAACAAAUCAACAUUUGAUUCAGAGGAGGAAUCUUCAAUUUCAUCCAAAAGAAAGCAUGUUAGAAGGAAAAAGAUAAGACCAUUGAAAAGUGCUGGAAACCCUGAGAAGCAACAGGUCGUAGAGCAAGUGAUCACAUUACCCUGUUCCAUAUGCAAGAAAGAAAUUCGCCUAACUGAUAUUUUUCUCCAUAAAAAGGAACAUGUAGCUCUAGCCACACUGGGUUUCCAAUGGAUGGCUGGAAAGAAACCACGGCCCUUAAUACUUUCUGUUCAGAGACAGUAUAUUAUUUCUAAACUACUGUCAUCCCGUACAUUCAAUGAAAAAAUCCUACAGAGCAUUAAUAAUGCUUUUGAGCUGAUUUGGAAGAAAGAAAUACCAGAAUACUAUAAGAUUUUUCGUAACGUUGACAGAAGUUCCACAUAUUCUCAAAAAAUCUGUCAUCUGUUAAUUAAAGGAGUAGCCAUUUGUGAAGAUGGUAAUUCUACAUGGAAACCUGACAUGCAUGAUAAAUUCACUGUAGUGAAUAAUUUUGGCAGCAGACCCAAUGUGUGUUUUUUUGGUUUGUUUGACGGACAUCAUGGUGCCUCAGCAGCAGAGUUGACAGCAAUGGAACUCCCAGUUUUACUACUCCAUCAACUUUCCAAAUGUGAUCCUUCCUACCAAAUGACACUUGAAGAGAAACAAAUAAUCAAUUCCUUUCAUACUGUGUUUAGAGAAGAAUACUUAACAAUAGAAGACCUCUUUUCUUCCGUGAACAAAAGAACAAGAGCAACGAGGAAUGAGUGUGAGGACAUACACAAGGCCUUUGCAAAGGCGUUUUGGAGAAUGGAUAGGCUUUUACGUCUUGGAAGGAAUGAAGUGUCCAGAGUUCAAUGGAGUGGCUGCUCUGCAGUUACUUGUGUAUUAGAAGGCAGCAUUAAAUGUCCUUACGCUCUUAAGCAUUGCAGGAAAAAGAAUAACUCUGAUGGACAGGCAGAGAGAGCUCCUUCUCAGAAGAUGCCAGAAAUAAUUUCUGGAAUAUUACACGUUGCGAACACUGGUAAUGUGCAAGCAGUUUUAUGCAGAAAUGGGAGAGCUUUUUGCCUAACCAAAGAACACACUACACGAAACAUAAAUGAAAGAAGAAGAGUACUUCAGAAUGGAGCAGUGAUCAGUUCACAUGAACCAUAUGGGCUCUUAGAAGGGCAAAUAAAAAUCACACGAGGACUUGGAUUUCAUGGACGUCUCAACCUGAAAAAAUUCAUAAUCCCAGCACCUCAAACUAUUUCUGUCCCUAUAGAUGACUUAUGUCAAUUCCUUAUUUUAGCCACUAAUGGUCUUUGGGAAGUUCUGGAUACAAAGGAAGUCAUUGCACUGGCAAUGACAAUGUUUCAAGUGUAUAAACAAAUAUAUUUUUCUAACAUACAAAAGAAAAUUUCACCAUCAAACAGUGAAGGAAACAUUACUAAAUCAGAACCUAAAAUUCACAUAUUGUUUCAGUAUAAAACUGGAUCUAAAGAACGUGUGUCAACUGCAAAUUCAAAGGAAAAUUUGUUCAAUUCAAAAUAUUAUAACAAUUUCAUUCCUCACUCUGAAAAUAUAGAAACAGUUCCACCAGAAACAACUCAUCAUAAACAUUGCAGUGAGGAAGAAACUUACAGACCACCCAACAUAAAUGGGGUGCCAGCAAGUAAGAAAGAAUCAGGCACUAAGAGUUUCUAUGAAGGUGCAGCUGAGUAUGUUAGCCAUAAACUUGUAAAUGCUGCUUUAGAGGCUGGCUCCAGAGACAACAUUACAGUUAUGGUAAUACUUCUCAAUGGAAGUGAAUAUCAGUUUCUGAUGUAAAAAACAAAGUUCUAAUUAUCCAGGGCACCAAAAUAUAAUACCAUAAAGACAAUUCUUCAAUAAGCCAGAUAUUAGGAUAAUUCAUCAAUACCAUGCAAAUGCUUUUUUAAACAUAGUAAAGAAAAUAUAAAAGCAGUUAUUAGGUUAUACGCCAUUUAUGUAUGUUUACUAUUUUAUGCCAAAAAAGAGGGGAAAAAAAAACCCAAUACUUUGCUUUUUAUAUACCACUUUAUUCCAACCUGAGCACCUCAAUAUAAAACUAAACACUGGUGAACCGUUUUCCUUACUAAUUCUGCAUUAUCAUAAAUGUACAAGUUCUCCUAGCAGUCCAACACUUAAAUAGAUUAAAUCAUCUCUGACACAUGGUUGAUUUCAUAUAAUGAAAAUAACCUAAAAUAAUUAGUGCAAUAUACUGAACCAAUCAAAAAAAAAAUGAACUUUGGAAAACAAGGCUGCAAGAUUGUUACUAACAUAUUGCAAUACUUAUGUUACAAAUUACGGGUACAUUUGUUUAUUAUGGUUCUAACCAUGUAAGAACUGAAUCCCCUUCCAUUCAAAGGGGGAAAGAAAGAAUUAGCUGUUUUAGUAACUGUACAUUUUGUAUACUUUUAAGCAACUCUUAAAUAUUACAGAAAAGUAAUACAUAUAUGGAGACUACAAUGGAGUACCCUAUUUACAGAUCAAAUUUAAAAUAAUCAAGUUUGAGUAUACAUAAUUGUUAGUGCAUUGACUAUAUUAUGUCAAAAGGGAACAAAAGCCCCCUCCCUGCCCCCAAACAAUAAAACCUAUGUAAUGGCCAGCAGUGAUUAAAUAGAAAUCACAGACACCUGGUUUGUUUCAUUUUUGUUGAAGAGCUCACAUGUUUGAAGGGAACACUAUCCAUUAAGAUGCAUUUAUCAGUUUUCAUAUUCCUAAAACAAGAUGGGGUUACAUUUGACUUUUUUUACCCCAUUUA